ACCACAACAAGGCUCUCUAGGUUGCUGCGAACUACGGGCUAUUAAAGGCGGGGGGAUUAUUAGAAAAUAUAAAUUAGCACCAAUGGUAUCAAAGCUCAAGGCGAGACAGCAUACGAUACCCCUAAUAUGGCUUCUUCCACCGACCAAGUAGCGUGCCACGGCGGCUCGAUUCCCGAUAUUACAGCAAUCGGCCCCAAGCAGGAAAGCAUCGCCUCAUGGCGCAAGCGCUGUGGAAUCAACACGCAGGACCAGAUACGUCUAGUAAAGUUGGCACAUAUGCGGUACCAGCACCCGAAUCUAGAUGAGAUUACGGUUUUCCUUCACGACUUCGGCAUGCAGAUAGCCAAACGCACUGCAGAUGAGAUAUGGUAUCGCGGGUAUGGGACGGACCAGUACGUUUAUUAUGCACGCAGGGGCGAGAAGAAGUUCCUCGGUGGUGCAUUCGAGGUUGAAACGUACGAUGACUUAAGGAGGGCAUCACUACUUCCCACUGCCGGCGAAAUUCAAGAAAUUGCAGAUGCUCCUGGGGGUGGCUACCUGCUCACUCUUACAGAUCCAGAAGGGUUCCCCUUGAACCUCAUCUACGGACAGGCUCCAGCAGAAAGUGGAGAAUACCCGUCUCGUCUGCUCGUGAACUAUGAGCUGGAGAAACCACGAGUGCGCAAGUUCCAGCGCUUUGUCCCCGGACCAGCGGCAGUGCACAAGCUAGGGCACUUUGGGCUCUGUGUUCAAAAGUUCCCCGCCAUGGUAGACUUCUACACGAAGAAUUUCAAUAUUGUGCCAUCCGACUUCCUCACCGCAGAAAAAGGCGGGAAAGACGUGGAUGUCGCGCUCUUUGCACAUAUUGAUCGUGGGACAGAUCUGGUGGACCAUCAUUGCUUCUUCAUGAGCACCAACACCACCUCCCAUGUACACCACUGCUCAUUCGAGGUGCAUGACUUUGACACCCAGAAGCUGGGCCACCAGUGGCUGGCGAAGCGAGGGUACCAGAGUGUAUGGGGCGUUGGACGGCAUAUCCUAGGCUCGCAAAUAUUUGAUUACUGGUGGGAUACCACCGGAAACAUGGUUGAGCAUUAUGCGGACGGGGAUCUUGUGAAUCAAGAAACACCGAUAGGCUAUGGCCCUGCAGGAGAUGAGGGUCUGGCAGUCUGGGGGCCAGAAGUGCCGGCUUGGUCUUUGAAGUAA